UUCUUUCGGGCAUCCAUAUCCAAAUACACUCCCUUCUCUUCUUCAUCAGUUUCUGUUUCAAGGAAGGAAAAAAAAUCCCAUUCUUUUCCUAUCUUCGGCUUUUCAUCGAACAGGAGCUAUGAUUCGUCUGUUUAAAGUAAAGGAAAAGCAGAGAGAACUUGCUGAAAAUGCAAAUGGGGGAGCUCCUACCAAAAAGCAGAGUCCAGGAGAAUUGCGUUUACACAAAGAUAUUUCUGAGCUGAACCUACCCAAAUCUUGUGCUAUAACAUUCCCUAAUGGAAAGGAUAACCUGAUGAAUUUUGAGGUUUCAAUUCGACCCGAUGAAGGAUAUUAUUUCGGUGGCACAUUUUUGUUCUCCUUUCAAGUUUCUCCAAUCUAUCCGCAUGAAGCACCCAAAGUUAAGUGCAAGACCAAGGUCUACCAUCCAAAUAUUGAUUUGGAAGGAAAUGUUUGCCUUAACAUCUUGCGUGAAGACUGGAAACCGGUGCUCAAUAUAAAUACUGUAAUCUAUGGACUGUAUCAUCUUUUCACGGAACCAAAUUACGAGGAUCCCCUCAACCAUGAAGCUGCUGCAGUGUUGAGGGAUAACCCAAAGAUAUUUGAAUCUAAUGUGAGGAGGGCUAUGUCUGGUGGGUAUGUUGGUCAAAACUUUUUUCCCCGGUGUAUCUAGCUUUUGCAAGGUACCUGAAACUGCAAAUGCACACGUCAUCAAAACUUGAGUUUCUGCGGGUUGUAUAACUUUUCACUGUAGUUUUCUUUAUGCUAUUGUAUGUUUAUGUGGCAUAUAUCAUUUUAAUGUGGAACUAGGAUAGAGUUGAUCGUCUGAAUUUAAUGCACUUAUUAUGAUAUUCUC